AUGUGUGUCAUCACUGGAGAUAUCUCAGACGCCGAUGUCUUCGCAUCCGUGCAAGAGGUCGAGAGCAAACUGGCCGAGAAAAUGGUACCUCAGCUGUCACCAAUGGUGCGCCCAUUCACAGAGAGAAAGGUGCAACAGUUGAAAACCAGCUGCUGUACUAUAGAGUAUGCAGAUGACGACGAUACCGUGGGCCAG